AUGCAGGACGCCUACUUGAUGCCAGCCUGUCCGGCUCGAGGUCGCCGGACCAGCGCGGACUAUCGUCCCAGUAUCAAGAAAGCUCAGGGUCAUGUCCCCGCCUGCUUGGUCAAUGCCUCGGUGACGUACUGCAAUAAUGACCGCAUCUACGCCUUUGGAGGAUUCGACCAGUACACCGACGAAGUCUACAACCACGUGCUCAAGCUAGACCUGGAGACGCUGCAGUGGGAACUCGUCGAUAACUACGGCGAUAUCCCUGGAGUGCGCAUGGGACAUACCGCGACCCUUUACCAAGGUGAUAAACUGAUUGUCUUUGGGGGAGAAAAUGAGCAUCGCGACUACUUAUCCGACGUCGUCAUCCUUGACCUCAACACCUUUACCUGGACCCUUCCUGAGAUCCGUGGUUCGAUCCCCCGUGGCCGAGCGCGACAUGCCGCAGUGAUCCACGAGGACAAGCUCUUCAUCGUAGGUGGGGUGACGGGAGAGAACAACCUUAUCUUGGACGACUUGACAUAUCUGGAUCUACAAACCUGGACCUGGUCCCGGACAUGGAGUUUCACCGCACGAUUCGAUCACACAGCUUGGGUCUGGGGCACCCGCCUUUGGAUCUUCGGUGGCCUAGGCCCGAACAUGGAACGAACAACUGAUAUCUGGUGGCUCGACCUCAAAGGAUCCCCAUCGCUCGCCGGCAACAUCACUCCACAAGGUAGUGUCGACUCCCUGGAUGUCAAUCUAUCCUCCACUCAUCUCCCAGACUCUGUAUCUAGUAGCCCCCAUCCAAUGUCCCCCCGAUCCGGGAUUUAUGCUGCAAACUCGGGAAGUGUGCAGGUGCGCAACCUCAACCGACGCAAGCAGCUUGCGCCUGGUGCCAUCUCAUGCCUCCGCUUCAGCUCUGGUCCCCAUGUCCCAUCCCUUUUCUCCGGUACACAUUUCCACUCAUUUGCAUCCGGUGUCCUCUUGGACCUCAUCACACCCUCCGAGACCGUAAGGUCGCAUGACUGUAAUUUAUCAGCUCUUGAACUCAACUCACUGCGAUGGCAAAGGCUCGCCGAUGGCCAAGAGAUCUUCCGGCCCGGUUAUCGAUGGCAUUACUGCACAGUCAACGACACGGGGACCAAAGCGUGGCUAUUGGGAUGUAGUCUCGAUGUCGCCAACGUACCCGGUGGCAGUGACGACAAUCACAUGAGCGAAAUCCUUACCAUCGAUCUCGAAAAGUAUGGCUUACUGGGUAACGGCCUGUCGGCUGAAUCCCCCGAACAGGACUCCUCUUGGCCCUUCGAUCAAACAGGUCCUUCCCAGACAACUGGACUUGGCUCUGAUCUGGCGGCGGCUUUCGACCAACAUCCUCAAUCAGGCAGCGGUACAGACUUUGUAAUUACCGCCAUCCGCGACGACCACGAAGGCUCGGUUCUGGAAGAUGCGGGCGACAUGCCGGAUGUCUCUCCAUCUGAGACCCAACCAACCUUUGUGGAGCCAAAUGUCUGGACCUCGGAACCCAUCCAUGUCCACCGAAUUAUUCUGCAACUACGGUGGCCACACUUUAAACGCUUGUACUCUGCCCAAAUGGCCGAGUACCACACCAAGCGGAUGCACAUUCCUGAACCCCAUUCUGUCGUACGCGCAUUUCUCUACUAUCUGUACACAGAUAGUAUAUCCGGCCACCCAGAGUUCCCAACGAACGCCGUCGAUGUUGCAGGUAUGCUCGUGAUGGCUAACCUUUAUGACAUGCCCAAGUUGCGGCUGCUAUGUGUCAACCGACUGAGCCGAGAGCUCGACGUAGACAACGCAGCCAUCAUAUGGGAGCGUGCGGGCCGAACCAAUGAGCACUGGCUCAUGCGUCGAGCCGCACAGUACUGCCUGACGUACUGGGGUCGCGUGGUUCGUUCAGACGGUUUCAAGUCACUGAGCCACCAAAGUCUGAUUCAGCUCUGCGAAGUGGUGGACACGGAAGGUCGCAUCAUUGCAGGGCCUGAGUUAGAAAUGGUCACUAUGGGGUCUGAUGGCCUCGGGGACCGAGAGAAAGGAUCUCGACUACGUCUAGGCUCGACUGCGGACGAGUUGUCUGAGUUGGAUGCCGACGACGAAGGCAUGGAACUGUCAUGA